UAGCGCUAGUUUCAGCGUGAGUGAGCAGGAAGUGGGUUGUGUUGUGGUCUCUGAGCUGUUGGAGUAACAAUGCCUUCAGUUCAGUAUCUGAGAGAGUUUAUCAACGAGCGGCUAACUGCUGCUGCUGAAGAAGAGCCUGAUGAUGGUGAUGAGGAGGAGGAGCCCCGAGCAGACCUCGCACAGCAGCAUGUCUGUAAGGAGGAGGAGGAGGAGGCUCUCCCUGAGCAGCAGCUCUGGAACCAGGAGAGGAGUUCCAGUCUGGACCAGAAGGAACCAGAACCUCCACAGAUUAAAGAGGAACUCCGCAGCAGUCAGGAGGGAGAGCAGCUGGUACUGAAGGAGGAGACUGAUUUCUUCAUGGUGUUUCAGUGCAACAGCAAACAUGAAGAGAAAAGUUUCGUCCAGCAUGCUGAAGAGAUGAAGCUGCACAGAGCAGACCUCCCACAGUGGCAUGUCUGUAAGGAGGAGGGGGUCCUUCUUGACCAGCAGCUCUGGAACCAGGAGAGGAGCUCCAGUCUGGACCAGGAGGAAUCAGAACCUCCACAGAUUAAAGAGGAACAGGAGGAACUCCACAGCAGUCAGGAAGGAGAGCAACUAGUACUGAAGGAGGAGACUGAUACCUUUAUGGUGACUGCUACUCUUGAGGAAGGAGCCCACAGUGAACCAGAACCAGACAGGGAGCAGCUCCUCUCUCACAGCUCUGCUGUAUCUGAGAGCAGAGAUCAGGAAAGAAACAAGAACAAUGCAAAAGAUUCCUGCAUGUCAGAGAGUCAGUGCAACUCUGACACAGGUAAAAAGUCUGUAAAAUGUGAUGCUUGUGGGAAAUCCUUUAAAAAUAAGUUCCAAAUGAAAAGACAUUACAGAAUCCACACAGGUGAGAAGCCGUACCUUUGUAAAGUCUGUGGGAAAAGAUUUAGUGACCCAUCAUCGUUUAAGAGACAUAUGGCAAUCCACACAGGUGAUACCUGCUAUUCUUGUGAAGAAUGUGGGAAAACCUUCAGUUCCAGUUCUAACCUGACCGCCCACAUGAGAAGUCACACAGGUGAGCGGCCGUACUUUUGUGAAGCAUGUGGGAAAGGUUUCAGAUAUAGCAAUAACUUGUUGAUCCACAUGAGGACUCACACAGGUGAGAGGCCAUAUUUUUGUGAAACGUGCGGGAAAUGUUUCAAAGUUAGUUAUACUUUAUUGUUACACAUGAGAACCCACACCGGUGAGAAGCCGUACCUUUGCAAAACCUGUGGGAAAAGAUUUAGUUACUCAUCAGCAGCUAAGCACCACACAGCGGUCCAUACAGGUGAGAAGCAGUAUUCUUGCAAAACAUGCGCAAAGAAUUUCAGGUGUAGCUCUCACCUGAAUGUCCACAUGAGAACGCACACAGGCGAGAAGCCGUAUUCUUGUGAAAAAUGCGGAAGAUGUUUUGGAUAUAGGAAUAACUUACUGAGCCACAUGAGAACUCACACAGGCGAGAAGCCUGAUUUCUGUGAAACAUGAAAAAAAAAAAAGACCAAUCCAUGUGAAAGAUUUUGUUUCCAUGGCAACUUUCUGUCUGUGGUGGCUCAAAGAUGCUCUUAGAAAAGAAACUGAAUCUUAAGAACAGUUAAAAGAUGGGAGCUGCAUUUUUGUAAGGUGUUAAAGCUGUAAUUUGUUGUGUCACUUUAUCAUCCACACAGGAAACGCUGCUCUCCUGAAAAAUCAAGCUUUAAAAAAACCUAAGAAUUAAGGUUUGGGCUUAGCAGAGCUUUCAGUAGUAUGAGUUUAUUGCAUGUCUUUGUGCAAGAUUAUUCAUAAAUAAAGUCUGUGUUUGACUGAUGAUUUAGAGGCUUCAGAUUGUGUAAUAAAUAUAUGAUGAAUUUUACAGAAGCAGAUUGUAUUUUUUUCAGCGACUGAAAAUCUAAAACCACAGCUGCCUUUUCUGUAUUCCCACAAUUUUAAACUAAAAAAUC